AUGGCGAGCCACCAAAACCCGGCCUCCCUUUCCAAGGACGAGCUUCAUACGCUCGCCAGCAAGGCGAUUGAUGCAAAAGCAUAUGCAUACUGCCCCUACUCCAACUUCCGCGUAGGAGCAUGCGUCCUUCUCUCAACAGGCGCAUAUCACACCGGUUCCAACGUCGAGGUCGCCAGCACACCAGUCGGGAUCUGCGCGGAGAGAUGCGCCAUCGCACCCAUUGUCGCGUCGAUAAAGAGGCCCGACAUGCCUGUCAUCCGGGCCAUCGCAGUGGCCACGGAUAUCAGUCCCCCUGCCAGUCCUUGUGGGAUGUGCAGACAGUUCAUCAAUGAGUUCGCUACCUCGAAGGAUCUGCCAAUCUACAUGUACGGCAAGGACGGGCUGGAUGGAGAUGUGGUCAAGAUGACCAUCGGGGAACUGCUACCUAUGAGUUUCGGGCCGAAUGAUAUGGAUAGGAAUAAGUAA